CCGUCCGAUCAACAUGGCAUGCCAUUUGAUAUAUAAGACGAUGUUCAUCUCAUCUGGAUAUGUUUCUUCUUCUUGCUAUCCCACCACCAAUCUACAGACAUCUUCAGACCUCUUGAUCCAUUCUCUCAUUCAUUCCUUCAGAGCUGUGCUCGUUGUUCACUUCAUUCUUUAUAUACAUUCAUUAGAACCUUCGAGCUGUGCUCAUAUUAACUAAUUUUUUUAUUAAUAUCUCAACACUCACUAUACCUACCUAUUCAAUAUGAAGGCCUCCACUAUCUUUGUUAGCGCUCUCGCCGCUGUCGCUACCGCCGCUCCUACUGCCAUUACUACUCCUGAGAAGCGAGCUGUUAUUGACAUUGGUUCCUUCAACAACUUCGGCUUUGCCAACCAGGAUCUUCAGUACCUGCUCGCUAUCAACCAAUUUGACUUGCAAUCAUUUGCUCAGUUGGCUGCCUUCAACAACCUGAACAUUGGCAACUUCCAGGGGCUAUUUUCCAACAACGGCUUUGAUAUCAACGCGCUUCUCCAGCUGCAGCAGAUUGCUCUCCUGUCCCAGCUCAGCGGCCUCGGUAUCUUCGGCAACUUCGAUCUUAGCUCCCUCCAACUCAAUGUUUUCGACCUUGGUCUCAUCAACGGCAUCAGCGGCUUUGACAUCACUUCUCUCAUCGACCAGUCCCUUGUUCCUCAAAUCCAGGCUAUCAUUCAGAAGACACAAAUAAACGCUGUCGUCAUCAAUUAAUUGAUACGCCGCCACGUCCCGUGAAUAUACCCUAUGGCAAUUGCUAUAAUUAGAGGGUCUAUGUUAUGAGUUUAGGAUAUAUAGGGCGGGAUAUGUAGGAAAGGGGAUGGGAGAGGGUAAUGCCCUGAAGUGCUUUCAUUGUUAUGUCAAUUACCAUUGGCCUCUCAUCAACUCGAUAAUAUCAUGGAUCAUUGGGGUCUGUCCUUUAUUUAGAUGCCUAUAGCUCUAGAUUAAGUGGCACGAGAAGAUGGCUGGAUGAAUGGGAAUGGGAUUAGUUGGGAUUUUGGAAGAUGAUUCUUAUCACGUUUACCUCAAUGAGAUGAUUUAUCCGCAAUUAACGAUUUCAAACUUUUCUGUGAUUUUGAUGAGCUUUGUUUGUAGCAAUGUAAGAGUUUAAGGUAUAUCUAGCAUUCUAGUAUUAAAUAUUAUGAG